AAGGGGGAUACAAGGGGCUAGAGAGGCAGACACGUGACCGAGCGCGUGUUACAGCUGCACGUUCGUAGUUUGUAGCGGUUUCACCGUAACGGCUGCGGCCGCACCGUAGCAGCUUCAGUCCACGUUGAACCGUCGUUGGCGUACGUCGGCCACUCGGGAGUGGUCAGGACCGUGUACCGCUCUCUCUCUCUCUCUCGCGAGUCCUUCCGUCGAUACGACGACGAGUAUACGGUCGUUAACGAGGAAGGAUCCCUCGAUCGUCUUGGCGAGAGCGAUUCAUCCGUGCCCUCUCGACGCUCUUGCGAUGAUAUUUUGAGGAUCGCCGAAGAGAAGAGCGAUAUCCGAGGAAGAAAUUAGCGAGACGAUGCUAUCAACGAGGGAAUCGACGAUCGCCUUGCUCGUCGUCUUCGCACUGAUCCUAUCCAUCGACGUGACCGAUGGAAGACCUCGUAUAAGGCAUCACAAAGGGGGUACCCAUUGCAGCAGAUGCGGUCCAGGUUGGGGCGUAACGAGUCGAUGCGUUCGUGGUCGCGACACCGAGUGCGCCAAGUGUCUACCUGGCACUUAUAGUCCGCAUCACAGCACACAGCCAUGUUGGAUUUGUUCGAGAUGUGGCCCGGGUCUUUACGAAGCUCAUUCCUGUACUUCCAAGACCGACACGGUCUGCGAUUCCUGCCAUCGAGCCGCUCCCGAUAAUCCGGAUUAUCUUAGGAAAUGCAAAACUCGUGGAAACUUCUUUUUAGCGCCCGAAGAUGCCGAGGACACUGCCGAGGAAAGUGUCUUGAUAAAUCAAUCCGAUCGAGUGUUUCAUUUCGAGGAGAGACAGGAGAUUCUCGAGAAGGACGUUGAAGCUGCUGGUUUCCUCGAUGAACCUAACGACCAAAAUGAUUUCGUCGAUUACGAGUCGUCCAAAACCAUGCAAAGGCUUUGAAUCGUUUAACGAAAAAUAAAGGAAGGAGAACGAAGGGACGAAACGAUCGACGAGUUCGAUUCGUUCUCGUAUACUAGUCAAUUGGUUGGUCGGUGCGUGCCUGCUGCCUGCCUGCCUGCCUGCGUGCGUCGUCUAUAUGAGAUUAACUAAAAAAAAACGCAUCGAUGUUUUUCCACGAAGGCCAUUAACAAGGCACGCUUUGUAUACAGCUCUUUUAUUUUAUUUAAGUACGUACAACAGUUGCGGUCGGUCGUAUAAGAAAAUUAUACUACCAAAUUGAGAUGCGUACGCACCAUACUUUCAUCUUGUCUCGCUUCAUUUCUUUAGAUAUUUCGUCUCGUCUUCUUUCUUUAAUUAGGACGCUUGAUCGCUGUUUAACCUCGCGUAGAAAGAACGUGCUGCGUGUAUGCCAUCCGCUUAAAUACUGUGCGUACGUAUAUGUAUAUACAUACAUAUAAACACACGGCACACCGAACGUCCAACUUGUGUAUAGCUACGAUGUUUAUGAUUUCAAUGUAUAACGCGCGAGCGCGUUGUGUACGUGCGUGUGUUUAUACGGGCGCGCGUGCCUACGUUUUCACACGCGAGGCUCGCGAACUUUCUUUUCAAUUAUCUUUCCCUUCAAGCUUUUGGUUUCAAGCGGACGAAUAGAGCUAAAAACGAAUCCGUUUUUUCUCGAGUUGGAUUUCAUUGCGUUGCACGGCAAGGUAUUACAUCCUUCUUAUAAAAAAAAAAUGUAAUUAAACAUCCUUCUAUAAAUUAUCCACAGAGCAUCGCUUUGUCGCUUAUAAUCGAAUAUAAAUUAAAGGCGCGUCGUUCGUGCUGGCACCAUUUUUUAUUUUUUUUUCCUUUGUGAACAAAUUAAAGACGAUGAUUCCGACGAGCGCGAAAGAGUUCUUCGAUCGAGCAAUUACGAGGUGAUUGCGAUAUCGUCGAUGGGGUCUAUGUAUAUAUACAUACUACCAUGUAUAUAUCGUUAUUAUUACGACGUGAUAUAUAUAUCGAAAAUACACGAGUGUCAUAGAAGAAGGAAAGAUGGACACGAUCCAAGCGAAACGCUUCUUAUUGCUCGUUCAUGGGCAUAGUUAUUUCCUUUGUCGCAAAUAUCAAGCAUCGUCAUCGAUGCGAGAAAAAAGAGCAGAUGCACUAGAUCGUAGUUUCUAUUCCUAUUUCAUCGUUUCUUUUUUUUUUUCUUUUUUUUCUCGUUCAUUUUUCUAUCGUACAUACGUACGCGAGAUAUUAUUGCGUGCAGCGUCGCUCGAACAUACUCUCGAGCGUUUCUUUCUUAUUCGUUUGCUCGGUGAUAAGAAGGGGAAGUAGCAUACUUUCUUCCAAGAGAUCGCACGAAUACGCGAGUGUCCUCGUUGACAGAAAACGCAUGGUGUUACGAUCGCCAAGGUACUUCACAUCGACUAUGCCUAUUAUCUAAUAUGUGUUAUCAUCGUUAUUUUAUUUUUUUCGCUUAAAACAUAUUUCAAUUUUAAUCCUUUAUACUACAUACCUUGUAUAUUAUAAAUAGAGACCUUUUUCGAUCCGCGUGUGUAUGUAUACGUAUAUGUGUAUAUACAUAUAUAUAUAUAUAUACACACACACACACACACACACAUAUAUAAUUAUUAAGUAAACGUUUUUAAACAAUCGUGACACGCUAGGUACGACAUAGGAGACGACGCACGUACUAUAAUAAAAAGGAGAAGAAACGAUAGAUGAACGUUGUCAUCGACUACUCAAACACGUCCGAAUUUCGGCAUAUGCGAAGCGCGCGGAUCUAAUCGGAUAAAGCUACGUAGAAAAAUUCGUUGUUCCUAUUUACAAAGACUCUGCACUUAAAAGAGAAUAAAAAUGAAAAAGGAAACGAAACGAGUCGAUCGCGCGACGCGCAAAACAAAUCGUACGUACGUGCUUGCUUGGUACGAUUGUUUAAUAAUAAAUGUUUUUUUUUGGCUUGCACGGAAGCGCUCGUAAACGUUAAACAUUCAUUCGCUGCGUAGCCAAAAAUCAUUGGUGCUUUGCAAGAGCAUGACGGGUAUUUUAGUACCCGUAGCUUUUACUUUAUACACGACGAGUCUGUAAAUGUAAAUGUAAACGUACGAUAUUCUAAUAAUAAUAGUAAGAGUAACAACAACAACAACAACAAUAAUAAUAAUAAUAAUAAUGCGACGGACGUAAGACUCUAAUCACGUCGUCGUCUUGCUUUCGUCUCUUUGCUAAUUCAUUCUUCGAAACACGAACGCGAGUUACCAUUCACCUUGAUUUUUAAUAUCGAGUCCUCGUAAAUAUAGUAUAUAUAUAUAUGUAUAUAUAGGAUUUUUAAUGAAAUAUAUUUUCGUUAAUAUUUUUCUUUUUUUCUUGUUAGCCUUCAUAGUUUGGCGUACACCGCAUUGGUCUGCUUCGUACAAUAGAGUUUUUUCGUACUCUGUAUCGUGGACCCAUUUACGCUUUCGGAGUAUUUGGCACGGCACGUUGAUAAUGCUCUCUCGAUGUAUAGAUAGAUAGAUAGACGGAUAGAUCGAACGAAUCGAUCGAUCGAACGAUUCGAGGACGUCCGUCUCCAUAUUUUUCCUUUUCUUCGUUUCACUCGUGUCUGCGCAUACUCUCUAACGCAUUACGUAUAGCAUACGAGCUGGAGCAAAUUAUAAAAAUGAUGCAAAAAGAAGAAAAGUGUCGAAAAAAGAUCGAAAUAAACGUUUCUUCAUUUUUUUCAUUUCUUUUUUAUACGAUAUAUCAUCGCCAUCGUUAUUAUCAUUAUUAUCGUUAUCGUUAUCAUUAACGUCAUAUAUCGUUCAGUAAUAUAAAUCAAUGGCGCCUUAGAAACAAUAUGUGUGCAUAUAUAUAUAUAUAUAUAAAACUAAAAAAUAUAAAAUAAUCGAAUAUUACAAUAAGCGUCUCGCGCUCGAUAUUCUUGUUCUUAGGAGAGAUCCUCCGCUAGCAGUGCUUCAAAGAGGAAUAGAAGACGGAUUGGACUUUUAAUGCUAAAGGAACCCUAAGGUCGUCUCCUCUUUUCGUCUUCUUUUUUUUCUUUUUUUUAUUCUUUUUCAUCGCACGAAGAUUCGAUUUGAAAAUCUUUGUCGUAGCGAUGAAAAAAGAAAGCACUGAUUUUUCUACGUGCUCGUAUUACGUGAAUUAAAAAAAAAAAGAACGAAAUAUUUCUCUCGUAUUUAUAUGGGGAGGGAAUCUAUCUAUAUAUAUAUAUAUAUAUUGUAUAUACCCGCGAGCGCGAAAUUUUCUUACGUACACGCACACGCACACGCACACACGCGCGCGGACAAACAUGCAUUCGACGAAUAAAACAUUUUACAUAUACGAUUACUUCGAUACAUCGAAUGAACGAGUCUACACUUUCAAUUUCUGCAUAAUAAAUGUAUAGAAAUGUUUCUUUUUUUUCACUUUCUUUUCUUCGUUUUCUGUCCGAAAAGCGAGAGGUACUUUUCUUUCGUUUUCGCGUUUUUGUCAAUUAUCUUCGAUAUUAAAUAAUCCAUGACUGGCGAUUAAUCGUUCAGACUAUUCUUUUCUCUGGUGCAGUACUUACUCCGUCCGAAAAAGAAAAAGAAGAAUGAAAAUGAUAAAAGGAAGAAGUAGAAACGCUCGAAAUUAGUAAUGAGAUUCUGCAUGGAUAUAUUUUACACAUAUAUAACACAUUGAAUACUACUAAUUGGAAGGAUACGACGUAUCCCGAAUUUCGCAAAAUACAAUUUUAAAUCUCUCAGUUUCAUAAACGGACUUUCUUCCGUUUGUCCUUUUGCUUUUUUCUUUUUUUUUUUUUUAAUCUCUUGUCGCAGUUAAGCUAUCCGCAAGAUCGCCUGUAAUACUUAUUGUCCACGAAUAUCCGUCGUUUACUUUUUCCUUGCACUUGUUUAUCGUUCCUUUGCACUUGAAAUCUAAAUUUUUCUUUACAGGCUUUUGUCUUUCAUUUUUUUUUCCUUUUUUUUUUCAACAAGACAUUACUACGCGACGUGAUACGUAAGAAUGUAGGCAUCUUUUCGAUUCUGUAAAAUUCGUAGACCCGACGAUGAAACGCAUUUAACCGAAUAACUUUGACAAUAUAUUAUAAGUUAACAUUCACAUUCAACAGAUAUGUAUGUAUACCAUUGUACAAUAAUGUGGACUUACGAUUAAAUAAAGAGAAAAAAAUAUAGGCAAAAGGCAUUGAAUGCCUUUGUACGAAAAGUACUAGGAGAAAAGAGGGGAAAACGUGAGUGUGAAUACUAACGAAAAAGAAAAAAGAACAAAGAAACGAGAAAAAAAGAAAAGAAAAGAAAAGAAAAGAAAAGAAAAAAGAGAGAAGAAAGAAAAGAAAAUUAAGUCGAGUGUCUCUCUCGAGGCUACGAGUACUGCGAUCUACUGUGUCUCGCGAAAAGCAGCCGCAUUAACGGAUUGCUUCUAAUUAUUAUAAUGGAAAUUACUUAUUUACAAUUGAAUAGAUCUUUACAAUCAUCUGGAUUAAUGAUUAUCGUCUUCCGUAAACUAUAUAUCAUGUCUCAACGCCGCUUAAAGCUGCUCUUUUCUUUUUUUCCCUUUUUCUUCUUUUCUCUCUUCUCUCGAUAAUAUCGUUAACACGUACAUAUAUAUAGGUCACGCAACCCUUUGUAUGCAUAGAAGUGCAUUGUAAAUAUCACCUGUACAAUGUACACGCGCGCGUCCAUUACAUAUGUUACUACUGAAAUAUACAUCUCACGUAAAACUCGUUAAAAUUAAUUAAAGAUCGAUCUAUAGUCAUGCUUACAUGGAAAUUAACUAAUUCAUCAACGCUCGAUUAUUCGCCAAAAAGCUACGGCAUCUUACGUUUCCGACAAUCGUCAUCAACGUCAACAUGAUCGUUAUCCGUUUUCUGUAUCACUUACGAAUCAGGAGAUUUACCAGACACGGAUCUAUCCCGCGCCAUUAAAUGGAUAAAACGGAGACAGCGGAGGGAAUUGUGGGAAGUAAGCGGAGAAAAACGAACCGAUCGUAGGUAUCUUUAUCGUCGAGCUCCUUUAAACGCGGGAGAAUAUUGAAGCUGAAUCGACCACUAAUAUCAUGGAGCCCGCGGUAAUCGGGCUAAAAUCUAGCAAUCGUUGCGCGCGACACGAUCGCGCACAGCGAUGAAAAAGAGAUAUAAAAAGAGAGAGGGAAGAAGCUCGGGAGAAAUCGUAAUGAGAAAGGAAAAGACCUUUACCGAGUGGACAGCGGACAAUGGCACUUGUGACAAAUGAGUGCGUGUGCUGUGAGAACCGAUAUGUUGCGUCAAUGCCGUUACACGUAUAUCGAGGGAUUAUUCGGAUUUCGUUCGAUGCUCGCUAUAUAAAAAAAACGUACACACGCCGCGCGUACUCGUUUGUUCUGCACGGCACGAGUGUCACUCGCGCGCGCGCAUACACACGCAGAGACACCCAUCCAUCCACGCACACACGCACGCGCGCACAGCAGUAGCAGACGGACAGACGGACAGACAGACAGACAGACAGGAUACACAUGGAAAUGGUCGCUUUCCAAAAAAAAGAAAUAUGAAAAAACAAAAAAAAAAAAACAACAAAAAUUGAAAUUAGACACGGAUGCGAAUAAUGAUUACUUUCUUCCUUCUCUGCUGGUUGAAAAUUCGGACCCAGAAAA